AUCACAGUAUUUUGGUUAGAAUAUCUUGCAAAAAUUUAAAAUCGAAUAAGAGUUCACUUUCUUUGAGUUUAGUACUGUAACUUAUUAUUGAGUACGAAAGUAUGUUGCAGCAGUCGUGUUAGAUAUUGUGUGCAAAUGAAAGUGGCAACUGAGUACUACUCAUUAUUGUUGAAUAUUCUCUUGGGCUGUCUCGGGUAGCUACCCUAUCCACUUGCUUACUUGUAUGAAAAGAAAACAAUACAGAGAGAACUGAGACACUGAAGAUGGAACAACCACUGCUUGAGACGACACAGGACCACCACGAAAGUCGAGGAGAGGCGUUGGAAGCAUUGUCGUCAUCAUCAUCAUUAGCGAAAAGAUGGGAGGUACUGGUAAUGGGAGAAAUGAAGAAGGUGAGUUACAUAGCAAUGCCGAUGGUGGUCACAACUGUUUCCCAGUACAUGUUGAGGGUGAUUUCCAUGAUGAUGAUAGGCCACCUCGGUGAGCUCUCUCUGUCCGGUGCCUCCAUCGCCACUUCUCUUACCAACGUCACUGGUUUCAGUCUUCUGUUUGGGAUGUCAAGUGCACUGGAAACACUCUGUGGCCAAGCUUAUGGAGCAGAGCGAUACCAGAUGUUAGGAAUCUAUACCUAUGGAGCCAUCAUAUCUCUCCUUUUAGUCUGUAUACCGAUAUCUAUUCUAUGGAUCUUCACAGAAAAACUUCUUCUUUUGAUUGGUGAAGACCCUUUAAUCUCACACGAAGCUGGCAAUUACUCGAUUUGGCUUAUUCCCAACCUGUUUCCAUACGCAAUUCUUCAAUUGUUGAAUCGCUUCUUGUUAGCCCAAAGUUUGAUAUAUCCAAUGCUUCUAAGUUCUGUUGCAGCUUUUGUUUUCCAUGUACUUAUAUCUUGGAUGCUAGUAUUCAAGUUUGAUUUGGGAAGUGCUGGAGCAGCGCUAGGCAUCGGUUUGUCAUAUUGGCUUAAUGUCAUCUUGCUUGGAAUUUAUGUGAAGUACGCAUCAUCGUGUGAAAAGACUAGGAUCUCAUUCUCAAAAGAUGUCUUUCCAAGCAUCAGGGAAUUUUUUCGACUGGGCAUCCCUUCUGCUAUCAUGAUAUGUCUUGAGUGGUGGUCGUAUGAGCUUGUUAUAUUGCUUUCUGGGCUUUUGCCAAAUGCUCAGCUUGAAACUUCAGUCCUGUCAAUAUGCUUUGUAGUCUCUUCACUUUACUACUUCAUACCAUAUUCUUUUGGUGCUGCUGCCAGCACUCGAGUCUCUAAUGAAUUAGGUGCAGGGCAUCCAGAGGCAGCCAGACUGGCUGCUUGGGUUGCAGCAUUUCUCGCGGUUAUAGCAGGGGUCACUGCAAGCGCAAUUCUUUUUAGCUGCAGGUCUAUACUGGGAUAUGCUUUCGGGGAAGAGAAAGAAUUGGUUGAUUAUGUCAAAGAUAUGGUUCCUCUUCUGGCUCUUUCCGUUAUGAUGGACUGCUUAGCAGCACUGUUUUCUGGGGUUGCUAGAGGAGUUGGGUGGCAGCGUCUGGGAGCAUAUGUGAAUCUCGGAGCAUUUUUUGUGUGUGGAAUUCCAAUGGCAUGUGUGUUGGCUUUCGUUUUUCAUUGGAGAGGGAAGGGGCUUUGGACAGGUUUAACUACUGCAUCAUUGCUGCAAGGUUUGAUGCUUAUGAUGAUAACAUUAUUCACAGAUUGGAAGAAGCAGGCUAGAGAGGCGCGGCAGAGGACAAUUGAGAGUAGAUCUCAGCUAACAGUUGAAUAAAACACUUCAUUCUAAGGCUUCUAAUAAAAGUUUUCAUGGAACUUACUGUACUAAUUCCUAAUUUGGCACCAUAGGAAAAGGCCUAGAGGUGCAAUUUUGUGACCUGAAUAUGCAGUUGCGAGUUGGAAGUUUGUAUCGUUUUUCUUAUUUAAUAAAGAUAGUCAUCCUCCGUUGUAAUUAUGUUUUGGCGAUGUGCAACACUUUUUGUAUAAAUUUGUUCUGCAUUGUUCUAGGACUAAA